CUCUCAGCACUGCUGGCAGAGAGUCAACCUGCUAUCUCACUCUGGAAUAUUCUCCAGCUCUGGUGCACAAACAGCUGCUAAUAUUAACAGUUGAGUCACUGAGUUUGAGGGGCCUGGGAGUGUUCUGGAAACCUGCUUUUGACUAUAUAAGCCACAGGUCAGACUCAGUCCAGGCACACGUUUCAGAAGAACCACACAACCGAAGAGACUCCACUGAGAUACUUCAACAUCUUUGAGCAACAGAGAUCCUAUCACUGAAAGAAUACUAUUGGAGUAAGAUGUCCUCAGCUAAGGGAAUAUCUAUUGGCAUUGACCUGGGUACCACCUAUUCAUGUGUUGGGGUUUUCCAGCAUGGCAAAGUGGAGAUCAUUGCCAAUGACCAGGGCAACAGGACUACUCCCAGCUAUGUGGCUUUUACUGACACAGAGAGGCUCAUUGGCGAUGCUGCCAAGAACCAAGUAGCUAUGAACCCCUCCAACACAAUCUUUGAUGCCAAACGGCUCAUUGGGCGGAAGUUCAGUGACCCUAUUGUGCAGUCUGACAUGAAACUCUGGCCUUUUAAGGUGAUCAGUGACAGUGGAAAGCCCAAGGUCCAGGUGGAGUAUAAGGGAGAGAGUAAAACCUUCUAUGCAGAGGAGAUCUCCUCUAUGGUCCUGGUUAAAAUGAAGGAGAUAGCAGAGGCUUACCUGGGCCAAAGGGUGUCAAAUGCAGUCAUCACAGUUCCAGCUUACUUCAAUGACUCUCAGAGACAGGCAACCAAAGAUGCUGGGGUGAUCUCUGGACUGAACGUCCUGAGGAUCAUUAAUGAGCCAACAGCAGCAGCCAUUGCUUACGGCCUGGACAAAGGAAAAAGAGGAGAGCGCAAUGUACUUAUCUUUGAUCUUGGUGGAGGCACUUUUGACGUGUCCAUCCUUACAAUUGAGGAUGGCAUAUUUGAGGUGAAAGCCACUGCAGGGGACACACAUCUUGGCGGUGAGGACUUUGACAACCGGAUGGUCCAUCACUUUGUAGAGGAAUUUAAAAGAAAACACAGGAAGGACAUCAGUCAAAAUAAGAGGGCGGUAAGGAGGCUGCGUACAGCUUGUGAAAGAGCAAAGAGAACCCUGUCCUCAAGCUCCCAGGCUAGCAUUGAGAUUGAUUCUCUCUUUGAGGGAAUUGACUUCUACACCUCUAUUACAAGGGCACGUUUUGAAGAACUCAACUCCGAACUCUUCAGAGGAACACUAGAGCCAGUUGAGAAGGCUCUCCAAGAUGCAAAGCUGGAUAAGGCUAAAAUCCAUGAUAUUGUUCUAGUUGGUGGCUCCACAAGAAUCCCCAAAAUCCAGAAGCUCUUGCAGGAUUUUUUCAAUGGCAGGGAACUGAACAAGAGCAUCAACCCAGAUGAAGCUGUUGCCUAUGGUGCAGCAGUCCAGGCUGCUAUCCUCAUGGGAGACACUUCAGAAAAUGUCCAAGAUCUGCUGUUGCUGGAUGUAGCUCCACUGUCUCUUGGUAUUGAGACUGCUGGUGGAGUUAUGACGCCUCUAAUCAAACGUAACACCACCAUCCCCACCAAGCAGACACAGAUCUUCUCCACAUACUCUGACAACCAGCCAGGUGUACUGAUUCAGGUGUAUGAAGGUGAGAGAGCCAUGACUAAGGACAAUAACCUCUUGGGCAAGUUUGACCUCACUGGCAUCCUUCCUGCUCCACGAGGUGUACCGCAGGUGGAAGUAACAUUUGACAUCGAUGCCAACGGUAUCCUGAACGUGUCUGCUGUAGACAAAAGCACCGGCAAAGAAAAUAAAAUCACCAUCACCAAUGACAAGGGCCGCCUUAGCAAGGAUGAGAUUGAACGGAUGGUGCAUGAUGCCGAAAAGUACAAAGCAGAGGACGACACACAGCGAGAGAAAAUUGCAGCUAAGAACUCACUGGAAUCGUACGCCUAUCACAUGAAGAGCAGCGUUGAGGACGAGAAUAUGAAAGGAAAAAUUAGCGAGGAUGAUAAAAAGAAGGUGAUUGACAAGUGCAACCAGACGAUCUCCUGGUUGGAGAACAACCAGCUGGCUGAGAAAGAUGAAUAUGAGCAUCAUCAGAAUGAACUAGAGAAGGUGUGCAAGCCAGUUGUAACCAAGCUGUAUCAGGGUGCCGCCCCAGGAGGAAGUGGCAGGAGCCAGACAGGGGGUGCAUCUCAGGGCCCCACCAUUGAAGAAGUGGACUGAAACAAAGGGACUCAACUAGUCACCAUUUUUAUGUUUCGAGAAAUGACGGUCACUGUUGGUUAGAAACACAGAUGCUGUAUUUUCAUAAUAAAGGUUAACUCACAAAGAAGUCUUGCUUCAUGUUGCUCCA